AUGUCCUGGGUUCUGAAAAAGAUUUUUGGUUGUCUAUCUCUGGUGGAGAGUGUGGGUGGAUGGGAUAGUGUAAUGAAAAGUGAUCAAUUUUCCAUCAAUCUGAUGUAUAAGAAAUUAUGUGGUGACUUUCCUAAGGUUCCAUGGAGAAGAGUAACAUGUAACAACUAUGCUACUCCUAAGAGCUUAUUCAUUCUCUGGUUUGUGAUCUUGAAGAGAAUUCCAACCCUUGACAGGUUGCUGAAAUGGUCAAUUGUUACUUGUGAUAGCUAUCUUUACUGCAAUACUACCUCUGAAUCUGUUGAUCAUCUAUUUUUUGAGUGUGGAUUUACAUCUCAAGUCUGGCAAAGGGUACUCACUCUCCUUCAAUUUGCUAAGGCUCCUGCUGGUUUUCAUGAUGAAUUAGAGUGGGUAUUGAAAUGCAGUAAGAAGAAUGGAGCCAGUCAGAAGCUGUUGGUGAUGUUUUUUGCUGAAGCAGUUUACUCUAUUUGGCUCAAUAGGAAUGAUAAACUGUACAACCAACACUGUAGAACUCUUGCUGAAUUGUUUAAGGACAUUCAGUUUAGAGUUGCUGCUAGAUGUCCUUCUGAUCUUUGUUCUAAACUGUUGGAUUUAAGCUGUUAG